UUGUACCGGCCACAUACCUACCAGACUUGCGCGCAACUGACCAAUAUUUUCAUCCCUUUUCCAUCCAAUAACCCCCGUUUAAGCAUUCGCACCUCUAUAAAAGGCUACUUUUCUUGGAACGCUUCGAUUCAAGGGAGAACUCUUCGUUUUCUGUGAAAGAACCUUUCAGUUACCAGUUUCCAGCAAUGAAGCCUACUAUGAAGCUUUCUUUGGUUUGGAUGUUUGCCAUCAUGAGUAUUGGAUGGGCAUUAUCGGAUAUGCUUGAUCAAGAAGAUAAAAACAUGAUGCCUUCUCAGUUUGAGAUCUCGCCUGAUGAAAAUACGAUGAGAAAUGCUUUGAUGUACUAUCUUCUGUCUCGUCAGGGCUUCUACGGAAUGCGUACUAGACAAAGCGACAGCCAGCGCAAGCGAUCCAGUGCUUACUCCAAGCAGUGCGCUUUCAAUGCUGUCUCUUGUUUUGGGAAGAAAUAACAUUCAUUUUCAGUCUUUCAUUGGAGUGAUUGGUAUUUUCUGGAAUCAUCAUUUCAAAGCAUGAAAAUUGCUGAAAUCAGUAUUAAUGUUACUCAAUUUCUUCCUAAUCUCUUCUAAAAAGGUCUUUUGUUUUAUUUAGAAAAUAAUUACGGAUUCAGAUGGUUUUUGGAAACGUUCAUUUUUGUUUUGUUCAAAAAAAUUAGUAAAAUAAAUUGUUUUAUAAAUUUG